AUGGCUCCCAUAAUAUCAGAUAUGACGGUACACUUCCGCCAUGACCGGUCCAUUGCCCAGAUGAUGCUGGAAAACCCUUCCAACGUCGAUGCUAACAAGGCCAUCAGUGAGGAUAUUUUAACCGGUAAAACAUUAACCUAUGGCAGUUUGCGCGAGGAUGCAUUCAAGGCUGCAUGGGCGUUGCGGCAUCGCCUAGGGCUCAAGACAGGGGACACCGUCACGAUUAUAGCGAGGAGCUGCGUGGACUAUAUUAUUGCAACGCAUGCUAUUUGGGCGGCGGGUGGGAUUGUCAGUACAAUUAACCACUCAUCAUCCGCCAAAGAGAUUACCCAUGCUAUUGAGAUCAUUAGACCGCAGUUCUUCAUUGUGGAUGGUGACUAUGAGAAGAAGUUGCACGAGGCGCUGGGUUCGGAACACUAUGAUAGUAUGACAAUAAUGACAAUGGUGUCCAGAUUCGCCGGCCACCUUCUCUUUCCCAACGACCUGAUAUCGGACUCAAAGCGAGUGGAGCCUGAAGCGUACGUGCUGGACGGACAGGACGCGCGGACCAGGUGCGCUGCGCUGGUAAUGUCGAGUGGCACAACUGGCCUACCCAAGGCGGUUAUGCUGUCCCAUUACAACUUGACUGGAAUCUGUGAGGGGCUGCGUGCUCAUAAUCCCGAUAAUUGGAGGGAGUCUAUGAGGGAGGUGUUUUUCCCACUUAUGCAUGAGAAACGCGCAACAUUGGCGCGACUCGUGCCACCAGUCGCUGUUAUGCUGGCGGAGAACCCGAUCGUGGAUCAGUACCAGUAUCCUGACCUUGAAUACUUUUCCUGCUCAGCAGCACCAUUGAAGCCUGCCGUCGCGUCAAAGCUACGGCAGAGAUUUCCAACUCAUAUGGCUGUACUGAACUGUCCUCUUGCAUUGCACAAAGGGGAGUCAGAGACAAGGACGCUCCUCUCGUUGCCCGGGUACAAGGACAACGGGGAAGGAACACGCGAAAGCAUGCACGGUCCUGGGUGGUACAAAACCGGUGACAUUGGAUACCUGAACGACAAGGGAUACUUGAUAAUUGUUGACCGUCUGAAGGACGUGAUCAAAUACAAGGGGUUCCAGAUCAGCCCAACUGAGCUCGAGGAGAUAAUCGGACGACACCCCAUGGUGAAAGACUCAGGCGUCACCUCUAUCUGGGACGAUGUUGAGGGGACCGAGAUCCCUCUUGCGUUUGUUGUGCCGAGUAGUCCUAUUGCAUCUAUUGAUCGGGAGAGCCUAGCAAAAGAAAUCCAGGAUCUGGUCGCACGGGAAGUUGCAGGCUACAAGAAAUUGAGGGGAGGUGUGCGCUUUAUUGAUCAACUGCCGCGGAAUUUGACUGGGAAGAUGCUGCGCCGGCAGUUACGUGAUAGGGCUGGAUCGAAGGCGCACCUGUAA